AUGGAUUAUACAAAUGGUACUGCGGUACUUCCAGUUGAAGAAGAAUAUGAGGGUGUGGUAUACUAUCUUUUGAAAUGGAAAGGAUAUGAUGAUAGCUAUAACACUUGGGAACCCUCCAGUAACCUUGAUUGUCCAGAUUUGGUGAGACAAUUUAACCGUGAGCAAAGGAUGAGAGAAGAAGCAGCAAACUUGAAUCCACCCAAGACUCAGAACGAGCUAGAGUUUGAAGCAUUCUUACGAGCCCAUGCACGUGACGGACCACCAAUUUCCGUGAUCAACGAUGUUGAUGAUCAAGGUGUACCUCCAGAUUUUCAAUAUGUUGAUGGAUAUAUAUAUGGUGAGAACGUUCCUCGUCCAGAAACUCUUAAGGAAACGUUGUUCGGAUGUGAGUGCGAAGAUGGAAUUUGCAAAGGGUUCAAAUGUAAAUGUCUUAAAGAAAUGAACAAGGGUAUGCUAUAUUACAAGAGAGACACAGGACAAGUCAAUGUGAAGCCUGGAAAUGUUAUCAUUGAAUGUAACAGCCGGUGUUCAUGUUCUGCACGUUGUCCAAACCGUGUAACACAACAAGGGCGUAAAGUAUAUUUGGCGAUAAAAAGAUUUGCCGAAAAAGGAUGGGGAGUUGUUGCUACAAAAAGAAUUGAGUCUGGCGUGUUUAUUACCUAUUAUUAUGGUGAAAUCAUAACAUCACAAGAAGCGGAUAUACGUGGGAACAAAUACGAUGAAGUAGGACGAACAUAUUUGUUUGACCUUGAUUUCUGUGAUGAUCCGUCAAACGACACUUCGGCUUGCCUUUAUACGAUUGACGCGUGGCGAUUUGGAAACAUUUCACACUUCUUCAACCAUUCAUGUGAUCCUAACUUAGUCGUUUAUCCGGUAAUGACAGAUAACGGUGAUUUGCGACUUCAUCAUGUCGCUUUUUUUUCUAAAAGAGUUAUUGAAGUUGGAGAAGAAUUAACGUUUGAUUAUGUUGGAUCAGUAGAAAAACAUGAAGGUGCUGAGACAAAAUUAGAUGAUAAUAUCAAGUCGGAAAUUAUCGAAAAAUAUAUAUGCAGAUGUCGCGCUAGUAAUUGUCGUGGAUAUUUCCAUUCUAUCUAA